CAGGGGCCGUGCCGGGGAUGCCCAGCGCGGGCGCCACCGCUCUCCUCCGCGCGCUGCUCGGCUGAAGGCGCACAGGACUCAAUUACUGGAAUUGUCAACUUUGUUGAUGUAUGUGCACAUUUCUCCUCCAAUAUGAGCAGACCAAUUGUAAUGCACAUUUGUCUGGCCUUCUGGAGCCUUGUGCUUCUCAACUUUGCCACGCAAUGUGUGGCCUUCCCCAAAGUGGAAAGAAGGGAGAUAGCACAUGUUCCUGCAGAAACAGGGCAGCCUGAGAGGAUGAACACAGAUGACUUAGAAAAUGACCCUUUGACUUCCAAGUGCCCUCCCCAGUUGGUGGUCUCUGAAGAUCCAGUGAUGGUGUUAGCAGAACCAUCAGCAACGUCCUUAAGGAAAGUAUUGCCUACUGACAAAGAAGUCCAUCCAGUAGGCGGUGGGCUCAUGCAGCCUAACAGCCCUGCCUUGUACACUGGUGCUGAGACAGUUGUCCCCGGCGAGGAGGAAGUGUUUGUUUCCAGCCAGCCAGAGAGGGUGUCUCCCAAAAGCCGACUUUUCAAGGCCAUGCUGACCAAUCCUAUCCUUGUAACUGCUCCUCUGAAUAUCGAUCAGAAAGAAGAACGCUUCGGUAGUACCGUCUUUCAGCCCAUCAUAGAAGGGACCACAGAAGAAACACAGGGUUUUCUGAACUAUGUGGAUCACCAGUUGUUUGCAGCUGAAAGUCAGGAAAGAGUUAGUCUGGGACAUUCACCUUCAUCUGAUGUGAAUACUAAAGAAAUGCUAACUGCCAAUCCCAGGACUGAGAAAUCUGAAGCAGAUACAGAACACAGGGCAGCUUUUUUCCCCAGUGUUGAUCCCAUAGUGGGCACGGAGACUGGAAGCCCCAUGCCUGAGAGGGAGAAGCCUUCGCUGAUGACAGCUGAUCAUACCCAGACCGCUGCCACCAAGCACUGGCUCACAACCUCUGAGUACACCCUGAGUGUUGAGCCAGAAACUGACAGGCUGCUGGGAGCCCCAGGAGUCCCAGGGAGUGUCAGCACAGCUGUUCCAGCUGCCUCUGUCGGAAGCGAUGAGUGGGAUGACACCAAAUUAGAGAGUGUAAGCCAGAUAAAGACUCCAAAGCUUGGAGACAGUAUAGAGACUCAGGUGGGAAUGGAAAUGUCUCAGACAGCCGAAGAAACUGAUAAUGACCCUGUGGAAGGUCUGGAAGAGGGCGAACCUGUGACAGAGGCUGCAGAGGUGGCUCUGGGGCUGCUGGAAGGGGAAGAACCCAUGGGGACAGCCCUGCUAAUGGCACACGGGGAGGCGCGAUCCUCUGCCUUUGCCGAUCAAAGUUCUUUUACUCCCACAAGUCCUGUGGAAGAUGGGAAAGUCUCUGUUGUCAGCCUCUUCCAAGAUACUGCAGACUUCAUGGAAUCCACUAGGGAAAAUGAUGCAGUGGUUUUCUUAGAGACCACUGUUUCCAUCUCAGAAUAUGAAUCUGAGGCACAUCAACCACUGGGAAGUACACUGAAAGACAUCAUCACUCAAGAGAUGACAACAGCUGUUCAAGAAGCAGAAGCCACUUUAUCAUUGGUGACACAAGAGCAGCAGGUUUCUACCCUCGAGGUUACUGGAGAAAAUGGUAAGACUGAGGAAGGAAAAGAGUCCCCCUCUGCCACAUCUGGUGUCCCUGCUGUUACUCAGCUGUCGAGGAGAUGGGAGCCUCUGCCCUCUACAGUUUCAACUACAGCCGUGCCGUUGUCUUCCGAAGUUACUUCUGCUCUGGAAGAUGUAAUAGACACCAUCACGGGGCCAAACGAGGAAUUGUUCACACCAGUUUGGGGCUCUCCGGUGACUCCCCCUGGAAUAAUAGAGGAAGCCCUCAGCCUUUUCCCAGCACUUCCUGAUUCUGAGGCGUCUUCGGAGAGCCGAACGAUUGUCCCAUCCAUUAGCCAUGUUAAUACAGCUGCCUCAUAUGGCCUGGAUCAACUUGAAUCUGAAGAGGGAGAAGAAGAUGAGGAUGAAGAGGAGGAAGAGGAGGAAGAUGAAGAAGAGGAAGAUGAGGAGGAAGAUGAAGAAGAUAAAGACACAGAGUCCCUGGAUGAUAGCUUGGAUGGUGACGCUGAGCUGCCUGGGUUUACUCUCCCUGGCAUCACGUCUCAAGAACCUGGCUUCGAGCGGGGAAACCUGGGCCCUUUGGAUGGAGCCACCGACCAGGUGCCAGACGCCAUCGAGUGGGAACAGCAGAAUCAGGGCCUGGUGAGAAGCUGGAUGGAAAAACUAAAAGACAAGGCUGGCUACAUGUCUGGGAUGCUGGUUCCUGUAGGGGUCGGGAUAGCCGGUGCCCUGUUCAUCUUGGGAGCUCUCUACAGCAUUAAGGUUAUGAAUCGCCGAAGGAGAAACGGCUUCAAAAGGCAUAAAAGAAAGCAGAGAGAAUUCAACAGCAUGCAAGACCGAGUCAUGCUCUUAGCCGACAGCUCUGAAGAUGAGUUUUGAAUCAGACGGGAGUUUCCCUGGGAUAUUCACUUGUCUUAUUAUUUUAUUGUUUAUUUGGGGGACAAAAGAAGAAAGUCAGCCUGCCACAUCACGGCUGUCAGGCCACUGGGUUCGUUUUCUGCCGGGCAGUAGUAGAUUUCUCUUGUCCUGAGCUGCAAAGGCAUAUGUUGUAGCCUUACUGUAUAGGGCCGUGUUUGUUUUUCUUCCGUAGUGAAUUUUCCAGAGCCAUAGGCUACCACUCAUCAGUUUGCAGCACACAUGUGGUUCACUAGGAGUUGCUAGGUAAAUAUUUUGUAUUUUUCCAAAGGGCCUUUUCCUUGGUUUACCUGCACUAAGCAUAAUGAUUAUUGCUGCCAAGGCAUACGUUGACUCUGAAAUCAAAAUCCUAACAGAGAAUAGCUCAUGACGACUGCGUUGGGCCCACUGGAGGCUGUAGGUUUCUGGGCCAUGAUACAUCGUACAUUUGCAUCAAAACAAGCAGCAAGUUGGAACGAAACCUUCCUUGUCCAGAAGAUCUCUCGGUGCAUUAGGGUUAUGUGUAGAUUUGUAUCUAUCUUGCAUUCUAUGCUCCGGUCUUCCAGUUUUAUUAUUUUGCAUCUUUUAUCUUAUUCUCAUUCACGGCAGGAAAAAAAAAUGCACCAGAAAUAACACAUUAAAUGGACUCUCGGUCUUAAUGUUAACUUGCUUUCUUGAUAGUGUAAUUGACUCUGACAGACAUAUCAAUAGAUGCUUACAUGUUUAUCACUAA